AUGGUCUCCAAGCCCGAUGGGUCUUUGCGGUUCUGUAACGACUUUCGGAAGGUAAAUGAAAUCUCCAAGUUUGAUGCCUACCCCGUGCUCCGAGUAGAUGAACUACUGGAGAAAAUUGGUAAUGCUCGGUACAUUACGACCCUUGAUCUGACAAAAGGGUACUGGCAAAUUCCUCUGACCCCCAGGGCCAAAGAAAAUACAGCCUUUGCAACACCUGACGGUUUGUUUCAAUACACCGUCAUGCCAUUCGGCUUACACGGGGCCCCAGCCACCUUUCAACGGCUCAUGGACAAAGUCCUAAAACCGCACAAAGCAUACGCCGCAGCUUAUUUAGAUGACGUGGGGAUCUACAGCCCAGAUUGGGAAUCCCACGGUACAGGCAGUGACGACGCAGCAGAGGCUCAUGGUAGAGAGGAGGCCUCAGAUCGAAGACUCCACCAUCUCCAGUCAGCCCUCAGUCAGCUAGAGGCCAGGUUGAAGGCAGCCACCCAGGAGGCAGAGGGUGUACGCAGGGAGCAGGUGGUGUGGGAGAGGCAGGUGGGGGAGCUGCAGGUCCGCUGUGCCUCUCUGGAGGAGGAGCGCUACGAGGCCUUCUCCAAGGUCAGAGACUCCAUACAGCUGGCUGAGGAGGCCUCUCUACAGAAGGACCAGGCCCUGUUGAGAGAGAAACAGAAAUCUGAGGAGCUGGACAGGAUGAAUGAAGCUGUCAGACAACUGAUCCAGGAUGCUGCCAUACGCACCAGGAAAGAGGUAGAGAAUGUACGUAAACAGUGCAACUCACAGAUCCAUCGGAUGGCUGAGGAGUUGUCGGCUCUACAACUGGAGUGUGCAGAUAAAGAGUCUCAGAUGGAGAGGUCCAUGAGAGAGAUGAGGGCAGUGGAGGAGGAACUGGAGAAGGUGUAUAAGGAGGGUAGAGGAGAGCCAGAGUACAGGAAGAUAGAGGUUCUCCACCAGAGGUCUCUGAAUGCUGAGAGACUGAAGGACGACAUGAACAUCACCCUGCAGAGCACACACAACAAGAUGAAGAAACUGGAGAUGGACUACAGUGAGGAGUUGUCCCGGUGCCAGGAGGAGGUGCGGCGGUUGCAGGGGUCUCUGUCUGCAGCCAGGGAGGACUGCAGCGGGGUCAGCGAGGAGCGGCUCCAGCUGCAGCAGGAGAACAUGCAGCUCCGCAGGGAGAUGGAGGAGCUACGCAAGGCUAGCAUGAUGACCCAGAGGAGAGCUAAGCAGCAGGUUUCCCAGAUGGAGCAGGAGUAUUCCCUAAAGGAGCAGGGUCUGGAAGCCCGGGUCAGGGAGAUGGAGGAAAGCAGUAGGAGCUCCAGUGCUGACCUGACCCGCCUCCUCUCUGCCCAGCAGAAGACCAGCCAGCGCUGGAAGGAGGAGGCCAAGACCCUCACCCUGACCUUCCAGACCAAACUCACCAGCCUCAAGGGUGAGCUGAGUCGACAGAGGCAACGUUGUCAGGAACUGGAGAUCCAGCUGGUGACUGACCACGAGACCAUAGUAGAGUACGAGAGGCAGAUGGCAGAGUAUCAGGAGAAGAACAGUCGUCUCCAGAGGCGUUUGACUCAGGCAGAACAGAAGGCAACUACAGCAUCACAACAGCUGAGUAUAAUGACGUCACAGAGGAGGAAAACAUCGUCCAUGGCAGACCUGGAGUCUCUAUAGCGGUAUGCAGGGAUGUGCCAUGUAAUAAAACUAAAUAUAACAUUUCACUAGCUGUUGGGCUAAUUGGCUACAUUUUCUACUAGCCAGUCUGAAGUGUACUAGCAUCGGGCUAGCUUAAUUUCCAUCCCUGACUGUGUGCAUUGCCAACCAUUUCUACAGAAAUGCCAAUGUCUGUUAUGGAUUUAUACCAUUCACCUUGAUGUCUGUUAUUAAAAUAUAUUUAAAUUCUC